UUCCGAUUAUUCGGAGCGGGUGACGGACGGACUGAGCAAAUUUUUAUUGUUUUCGUUUUCGCGAGCCGUCACUGGCAAAAUUACAAUUUAUAAACAAAUAAAGGGACUAUCGUGUUCGUGCUGUGAUUUAUUUUAAACUUUGUUCAUCGUGGAUUAACAGUGAUUAGAUAUGGAGGACAAGUUGAUGUUAGGUGAUGUAAAUAGCACCUUGAGAGAAAGGGUGUUUUUUGCAGCCAGGGACGGGAUGUCCUUAACUCUAUACGCGUUAUUAUACGAAAAAAACACAGACGAAAUAGAUGACCUAUUGAACAGCGAUGUCUGCUGCGACGGCGUCAAAUGCACUCCCCUCAUUGCAUCAGCGCGACACGGGCGCGAAGGAGCCGUCCGGAUACUGCUCGACAAGUUCCGGCCGCCGGUCCGGUUGGAAACCGAAGGCACCGUGAAGUUCGACGAGUAUGUUAUAGAAGGUGCCACAGCCCUCUGGUGCGCCGCGGGCGCCGGCCAUCUCGGCAUAGUGAAGCGCCUCGUCCGCGCCGGCGCAAACGUCAACCAUGCCACAAAAACACUCAGCACGCCGCUCAGAGCAGCCUGUUUCGACGGAAGACUCGACAUAGUCAAGUAUCUAGUCAGGCAUGGAGCUGAUAUACAUAAGGCGAACAAAUACAAUAACACAUGCCUUAUGAUCGCAGCUUAUAAGGGACAUUUGGAUGUGGUCCAAUUCCUUCUAGACAGCGGCGCCAGAGUGGACGAGCGGGCGCUUUGCGGCGCCACGGCGUUACAUUUCGCCGCCGAGUGUGGACAUGCGGCAGUAGUCUGCGCUCUUAUUGAGCACAACGCCAAAAUAUUGAAUAAUGAGAAUGGUAUGACACCACUACAAUGCGCAGCGGAACGCGCGCGAGCAUCUGUAGUGGAACUGCUGGCGGCGAGGCCGGAAGUCACGAGGCCGCAGGCCGUCGAGGCCUUCGAACUCCUGGGGGCCUCCUUCGCCAACGACAAGGAGUACUACUGUCUCAGGAUGGCGUACCAGUAUCUCCGGAAAGCCAUGGCCAUGCGAUAUGACACGCGAUACGGGUUGCUGCUAAAAAAACCUGCGGACCCCAUACCGGCGUACGAUAAUUGGAAAGAGAGUACUACACUAGAGGAAGUUGAACGGUUGCAUGGCAACGCGCACGGGCUCCACAUGGAAGGGCUGGCGGUCCGGGAGCGGGUCCUCGGGCGGCGUUGUCCGGACUUACCCCACCCCAUCGUGUUCCGCGGCGCCGUGUUCGCUGACGAGGCGCGCUUUGACCGCUGUCUCGCGCUAUGGCGACACGCGCUGCUCCUGAGGCAGCAUAACUCGGUUUCAGUAGUAAAGGACUUGCUAAGAUUUGCUCAGGUUUUCUCGCAGAUGAUACACAUUGGAAUUGAAUUGCCAUUAGACAAGGUAUGCUACGUCCUAGAAGCGUGCGCUGAAGAACUAAGGCGGGGCACCAAAAGGCUCGAGACACACCAACCUAACCACGAUCCGGAAUCCUUGAUAGAGGAAUAUGAGAGCAACGUGCGGACUGCACUGUACCUGGUCGCCGUCGCUGCUAGACUGUUAGAAAAUGAUGAUAAUAAUGAGGAAACCACAAGCGAAGUAAGAAGAGCAAUCUUCAGGCUACGCGACGUGAGGCUACGCUCCGGACAGACCCUGUUACACCUGGCCGCGGACAGGCGGACGCCGGUCGACGACUUCCAUACCAGCGAUGUGUGCCAGUUCCCCUGCCCGCGAACGACGCGCCUGUUGCUGGACUGUGGGGUUGAAAUGGACGCGGCGGACGACGCGCGGCGCACUGCGCUGCACGUGGCUCUCAUCUCUUACCAGCUCAUACCAGACACUAGAGCACAGUGGGCGUCGUCGCUGCGCGGCGUGGUGUUCGAGCUGCUGGCGCGCGGCGCGCACGCAGACGCCGUCGACCGCGACGGCAUCACGCCGCUCGUCGCGGCCAUUGGUGGUCCAGCCGAGACCGUGGUCCGCGCCGCGCUGUCCCCGCGCCUCUCUUGCCUGGCCGCCGCUACGCUCGCGCUUCACCAGCGCCGCUACCCCCCCUCGCAGACCCCCCGCGUGCUGCACGCCUUCCUAGAGAUGCACGGCGUCAAACCCGCCAAGGAGUGUUGA